UGGUUUUGAAGAGGGGAAAAGCUUCGAUCUUAGUUCUUCCGCUCAAGCAUCCACUCCUGAUUAAUGGUGUUUUCGGGAGUCUCUGAAAGAGAGAGACCACAGGAUUUCAUGGCGAUGGCUCCUGAAAGAUCGAGGCCUCUCCACAAUUUCGACAUGCCUUUCUUGAAAUGGGGGAAUCAAAGGCUUCUUCGAUGUAUGAAAGUGAAUUCCAAUGGAGAAAUUCCCACCGUAGACCACAGAUCAUCGGCUUCCGAAGCCGACUCCGAAGGUUUCAUUGGCCGGCGAAGAGAAUUCGACUCUACCAAGCGGAGAUCUUCUAACCCCUCCGAAGGUUUCAAGAAACUGCUUUUGCCGCGGAUAGGAGCUCAUGGUGAGAAAUCCGAGUUUGAGGGGUAUGUAGAUGAUGGGAUUGCAGAGGUUAGGGCAAAACUCAUGUCUGAACUCCGUUCGGCUGCUUAUAAGAUUAACGUUGCGAUUCCGAAGGACAGCGAAGAAGAUGAGUCGGUGGCGGCGGCUGCAAGGCCGUGGAAUCUUAGAACGAGGAGAGCAGCUUGUACGGCUCCCAGUGAGGGCGGAAGAGGAGGUGCUGGAUGUUCAAACUCAAAGAAUGAAGACCGCCAGCCAAAUUCUUCUCCUCCGCGGACCGACAUUGCGACCAUCAAAUCGCUUCGGCUGAGAGGUUUGUCUCCUGCGCAAGGCAGCGUGGAGAAGAAGGAGAGUCCUAAGUUCUCGAUCCCUCUUUGUCGGCAAGAUAUUGAGGACGAUUUUCUGUCGAUGACAGGGGCGAGGCCAUCUAGGAGGCCAAAGAAGAGGGCUAGAAUCGUACAGAAGCAACUGGAUACGAUAUUUCCUGGCUUAUGGUUGUCAGAAAUAACUCCCGAUUCAUACAAAGUACCUGAUAUUCCUGAACCUGGAAAGAGAUAGGCAUUUUAUAACAACAGUUCCACUUGCUGACAAUGGGUGCUUGUUACCUCAAUUGUAAUACACCAUCCAGCUG